UGAUGUUUUUUCCUUAAAUUUAGAUGUGAAUCGAAACAAGCCACUCCAAAAACAGUUCCAGACCUAGAGCGUCUGUACAUAUGUUGCCUGAAAGCCCCCGACCGCGCCGGAAGAGUUUGAUAGGACCCACAUACAAGGUGACCAUUAUUAUGCUCGUCAUCGGACAGAUUCAGGUAUCAGUGGCCAUGGAGAUCAAGCCCCUGAAGGACUUUCUGGCGGAACGCUACUACCUCAGCUUGGUCCAAUUCCUCGUCAGCUUCCUGUCCAUUCAGCUUUACGGUUUCUUCUACCACCUCAUCGUGAAAAAGCCCAUGUGGGUGCGGGUACUGGCGGGCCUCUGGACGUACGAGGUGAACACCAUGUCGAUCAUGAAGCCCGCCAAACGAGCCCCGUACAUAAGCCUCGUCGUGUCAUUCUUCCUCACAUUCCUCAUGAUGAUCAUCAGUGUAGUAUACGGAAAUAAGGCAGUCAAACACCAAAGGGGUCUUUUCACCACCCGGAACAAGGUGAUCCUGUGGAGCGAGAGGAUAUUUGUGCUCACCUGCUUCGGCAUCAUAGUGUGUGCCGAAAUGAAGCGCGUUGUGAUAGAGUUUCCCACCCUGCUUUUGUACACCAUGAUCUCAAACGUGUUCGUCAUUGUCUUUGCCGCCUCGCUGCGAAGGCCACACUUCUACCAUUACGAAUCAAACGGGGAUUACAUACUGAUCGGCCAGCUCUACUACCUGAACUUCUUCGCCCUGUACAUGAGCUACGUAUGGACAACUGCCUCUCUUCUGGAGCUGAUGGGAUGGGACGCGAACAUUGGGGGUAUAUUCAAGUACCUAUUUUAUCGGUCAGACACCGAUUGAGUGGGACGCAUGCGCGGACUAUCGGAACAGCUGGGACGGAAUGUUUACGCGGAACGAGGUUUCCUCUCGUCAGUUGCUCGAUGUGGAUGGGACAAGUUUGUCUGAGUGGCGCGAAUUCAGUUGUCUCGAU